AACACAAUAAAAAGUAAAUGCCAGGUGAGGUGAGUUUCAAACACGUGCUGACAGGCAAUACAAGGCUCAGUGUUGCACAAGGAGCUCCUUUUAACGCCAGGAAAGCCCCUCCUCGACAGCAGUCUUUGACUUUCUGCCAUCAAAGAACAACAUAAACAUUUUAGAUAACUUGUCCAAAAAUGGCCAAACACAGCAUCAUCCGUGUGAUUGCCAUAGUGCUCUCACUGAUAUUCUUCAUCAUCACCAUGGUGUUCACUGCUUUGGCAGGACCAGGAAUAGAUCCCUUUUUGGAGAGCACCAAGAACAUCUCAGAUGCGUUUGUGACGGAGAUCACUCCGGACGGAUGGACGUUCACCAUUUGGGCCAUCAUUUACAUCUUCCUGGCUUUAGUGAUGGUCUACGUCAUCUCCGGCAUCUUUAGGAAGAAUGCAUACGGUCCGGUGUACUGCAGCCCGGCCGUUCUGCCUCAUGGAUUCUUCGUGACUUGGUGUUUGAACCUGACCUUAAACAUUGCAUGGUUGUUCCUGUGGGACAGAAAGUUGAUGUCUGCUGCGCUUGCCUUCCUCAUCCUCAUCGCCCUCACUAACUACCUCAUGAUAUUCUUCUCCUGCAUCGGUCUCAACAACUACGGAGCGUGGCUGGCAAAGUACCACAAAGUGGACCUGUGGCUUCACCGAGUGGUGGUUCAGAAUGGGAUCGCCAUAUACGCAACAUGGACCACCAUAGCAUCGCUGGUGAACCUGACCAUCGUGCUGACUGCAGACGCUAAGAUAUCCACGACGAACGCUGCCACCAUCUCACUCUCUGUCCUCACUGUGGUGCUGUUGGUGUGGACUGUCCUUGAAAACACCAUCCUGGAUAAACACGUGAGGUACAUCCUGUCCAUCUACCCCGCGGUGAUCUGGGCGCUGACCGGAGUGUUCUCCAAGAACUACAACGCUGCAGACCCUUCACGAAACAACACCUUCAUCGUCGUGCUGUUGGCUUUGGCCUGCACGAUAUUUGCAGGUCGGAUAGGUCUGGUGGUCUGGAGACACAUCAAGACGCCCCUCUAUGAGCACAUCAGCCCGGAGAGCAUGACUCCAAUGGAGAUCGCUGACAAGCAGAAACAUAUAUUUAAAUAAGAGGUUCUGAUAAACCUGUGUGUAUCGAUGCAGUAUUGUCUCUGGAUGAGGUGUAUUUUCUUAAUGCUUUGUAUAUAUUGUAAUCUAUGACUGUUUUGCACUGCUGCAACAUAUAUAAUGAAGCUUCUUAUAAUAAGGGAAAUUAUAUAAUACUGAAGACCAAUCCAACCUGUCGACACAUUUUGUACUCCAUGUUCUAAAGACAGGCUUAAUUUAUUAUUCAUUUUACAUCUAAGCAUGUAGUUCAUUUAUCAAAAAGGGUAUAAUGUUUGU